GGGGGCCCCUCCCGGCCCUGGCGGCUGGAAGCACGCUGCCAGGGGGCACGAUGGACGCCCCGCGCGCCCAGGCCGUCCCCAAGCUGCCCCCCAGCACCUGAGCGCCCGGCCCGGCCCCGCGCCCUGAGCGCGCCGCCGCACAGGCUUCUGCACCAGGAGAGGUCAAAUAGGUUGCUGGGUUACCAUUGAGGAGCGUGGGAAGGUGUUGCUGAGUUUCCAGACCUUUCCCAAAAUGGAACCAAUCACAUUCACGGCGAGGAAGCAUCCGUUCCCUAACGAGGCCUGGGUGGCCUUCGGCCUCCAGCUGGUGGGCUCCUUGCCUGUGCAUUCCCUGACCACCAUGCCCAUGCUACCCUGGGUCGUGGCAGAGGUGCGCCGGCUCAGCGGGCAGUCCUCCAAAAAGGAACCCAGUACCAAGCAAGUCCGGCUUUGCGUCUCGCCCUCUGGACUGCGAUGUGAACCGGAGCCAGAGAAGACUCAGCAGUGGGAUCCACUGAUCUGUUCCAGCAUCUUCGAGUGCAAGCCUCAGCACGCUCACAAACUGAUCCACAACAGUCACGACCCGAGCUACUUUGCCUGUCUGAUUAAGGACGAUGCGGCCAGUAGGCGGAGUAUCUGCUAUGUGUUCAAAGCUGAUGAUCAAACAAAAGUGCCCGAGAUCAUCAGCUCCAUCCGCCACGCCGGGAGGAUCGCCCGCCAGGAGGAGCUGCAUUGCCCCUCGGAGUUCGACGACACGUUCUCCAAGAAGUUCGAGGUGCUCUUCUGCGGCCGGGUGACCGUGGCGCACAAGAAGGCGCCGCCGGCCCUGAUCGACGAGUGCAUUGAGAAGUUCAACCACAUCAGCUGCAGCAGGAAAGCCGAACUUGACCUGGUCUCCCAGAACUCCGAGGCCAGCAGCCCUGCUGCGGCGCUUUCCUUCACGGAUAAGUUCCGAUCGGUGCUGCAGCCCGCGGGGCCCACGGAGCAGGGCCGCUGGCCCAUGCGCAAGUCCUACUCGCAGCCCGGCCUGCGCUCCCUGGCCUACAGGAAGGAGUUUCAGGAUGGGAGCCUGCGGAGUCACAGUUUCUUCACCUCUUUUGAUGAAAACGACAUUGAGAACCACCUCAUCAGUGGACACAAUAUUGUGCAGCCAACGGAUAUUGAGGAAAAUCGAACUAUGCUUUUUACGGGUAUUAGACACGUGGACCACUUCGGGUUCAUCUGCCGGGAGUCGUCGGGAGGCGGCGGCUUCCAUUUCGUCUGUUACGUGUUUCAGUGCACAAACGAGGCUCUGGUGGAUGAGAUCAUGAUGACGCUGAAACAGGCCUUCACGGUGGCUGCUGUGCAGCAGACGAGAGCACCCGCCCAGCUGUGCGAGGGCUGCCCCCUGCAGGGCCUGCACAGGCUCUGCGAGCGCAUCGAGGGAAUGAAUUCUUCUAAAACCAAACUAGAACUCCAGAAGCACCUGACAACGUUAACCAAUCAGGAGCAAGCAAUGGUUUUUGAGGAGGUGCAGAAAUUAAGACCAAGAAAUGAGCAGCGAGAGAAUGAAUUGGUUAUUUCUUUCCUGAGAUGUUUAUAUGAAGAGAAGCAAAAAGUUCACAUCCAUAUUGGGGAGGUAAAGCAGACAACACAGAUUGCAGCAGAGAAUAUUGGAAGCGAAUUACCAUCCAGUGCCACUCGAUUUAAGCUCGACAUGCUGAAAAACAAAGCGAAGAGAUCUUUAGCGGAGUCUUUGGAAAGUAUUUUGUCCCGGGGCAAUAAAGCCAGAGGCCUUCCGGAACAUUCUGCCAGCCUGGAUCUGGACGGCUCCGUGUCUAGCACGUUAAAUAACACCAACAAAGAGCCCUCUGUGUGUGACAAGGAGGCCUCGCCCGCGUCUGAGAGCAGAACCAGGCUCCUGGGCUCCUCAGACGACCUGCUGUCCGGUGACACGGAGAGCCCUCCCGCGGAAGAGCCUGCCCUGCUCUCUCCCCAGCAGGGCUACCGAAGGCGGGCGAACACCCUGAGUCACUUCCCCGUGGAGUGCCAGGAGCCUCCGGAACCCGCCCAGGGCUCCCCGGGGGGCUCGCAGAGGAAACUUAUGAGGUACCACUCAGUGAGCACAGAGACGCCUCAUGAACGAAAUGGGAAUCAUCCACCUGUUGGCGAGUCUAAAAGUUGCUCAGGUCCUUCAGUUCCUGCUCCUCCACCUCGUCUUAACCCCUCCGACUCCUCACCAAAUUUUUUUAAGUCCUUAAAACAUAACACGAGUGGAGAACAAAGUGGGAAUGCCGUGCCUAAGAGCAUCUCCUACCGCAAUGCCCUGCGGAGAAAACUCCACUCUUCCUCCUCUGUGCCAAAUUUCCUAAAAUUUCUGGCUCCUGUAGAUGAAAAUAACACCUCUGACUUUAUGAGCACAAAAAGGGACUUGGACGCCAAAGCCCACCAUCUCGACGACCCCAGCGGGACGCCUGUGAAGACGCGGAGACACUCGUGGAGGCAGCAGAUAUUCCUCCGCGUGGCGACCCCGCAGAAAGCGAGCGACUCGCCCAGCAGAUACGAAGAUUAUUCUGAGCUGGGAGAGCUUCCGCCACGGUCUCCAUUAGAGCCCGUUUGUGAGGAUGGGCCCUUCGGCCCUGUCCCGGAGGAGAAGAGAAGGACAUCGCGCGAGCUUCGCGAACUGUGGCGCAAGGCGAUUCUACAGCAGAUCCUCCUCCUCAGGAUGGAGAAGGAAAACCAGAAGCUCCAAGCUUCCAAAAACGACCUGCUGAACAAGCGCCUGAAGCUUGAUUAUGAAGAGAUCACGCCCUGCCUUAAAGAAGUGACGACGGUGUGGGAAAAGAUGCUUAGCACGCCAGGAAGAUCCAAAAUUAAGUUUGACAUGGAAAAAAUGCACUCGGCUGUUGGGCAAGGUGUGCCACGUCAUCACCGGGGUGAGAUCUGGAAGUUUCUCGCCGAGCAGUACCACCUGAAACACCAGCUUCCCCGGAAACAGCAGCCCAAGGACACGCCGUACAAAGAGCUCUUAAAGCAGCUCACCUCGCAGCAGCACGCCAUUCUCAUCGACCUUGGUCGAACCUUCCCAACACACCCGUACUUCUCGGCCCAGCUGGGCGCGGGGCAGCUGUCCCUUUACAACAUCCUGAAGGCCUACUCGCUGCUGGACCAGGAAGUGGGAUACUGCCAAGGCCUCAGCUUCGUGGCCGGCAUCCUGCUGCUGCACAUGGGCGAGGAAGAGGCUUUUCACAUGCUCAAGUUUCUGAUGUUUGACCGGGGGCUGCGGAAACAGUACCGGCCGGACAUGAUCAUUUUACAGAUCCAGAUGUACCAGCUCUCGCGGCUCCUCCAUGACUACCACAGAGACCUCUACAACCACCUGGAGGAGCACGAGAUCGGCCCCAGCCUCUACGCCGCGCCCUGGUUUCUCACCGUGUUUGCCUCCCAGUUCCCCCUGGGAUUUGUGGCCAGAGUCUUCGAUAUGAUCUUUCUUCAGGGAUCAGAGGUCAUAUUUAAAGUGGCUUUAAGUCUGUUGGGGAGCCAUAAGCCCUUGAUUCUGCAGCAUGAAAACCUAGAGACCAUAGUCGACUUUAUAAAAAACACACUACCCAAUCUGGGCUUGGUGCAAAUGGAAAAGACCAUCAAUCAGGUGUUUGAGAUGGACAUUUCUAAGCAGUUACAAGCGUAUGAAGUGGAGUACCAUGUGCUUCAAGAAGAACUUAUCGAUUCCUCUCCUCUCAGCGACAACCAAAGAAUGGACAAAUUGGAGAAAACCAACAGCAGCUUACGCAAACAGAACCUCGACCUCCUGGAACAACUGCAGGUGGCAAAUGGUAGGAUCCAGAGCCUGGAAGCCACCGUGGAGAAGCUCCUGACCAAUGAAAGCAAGCUGAAGCAGGCUGCCCUGGCCUUGGAGCUGGAGAGGUCAGCGCUGCUGCGGACGGUGGAGGAGCUCCAGCGGCGGACCGCAGAGCUGAGGGCACCCCAGCCUGACCUCGUGCAGCCCUAGCCCACGGGCCACUGACAGCAUCUCGCCAGGGCGAGGCCCGAGGAGACGUGGGACACCAUCCGACACUGUCCAGGCCUUAACCGAGAGAGACAUAAGAUGCUGGAGGGAGAGAGUGAGGCGCGGAGCAUGCUUCUCAGGGAGGAAACUGGCUCGCCAGCACGCGGAGUCUUCUGAACGGAAACUUGCGGAUCAGGGGGAUGCGUGUCCCCGUGUUUUUAUUGUUGUUUAGGUUCCAGUGGGUCCUGAUGACUGUAAUCAGUAGAUUUAGACGGCAUGGACAUGAAUAAAUGCACUUUUAUGUUCUUUU